UGUCCUUGGCUGACUGGCGUGCUCUCUGAGACAUCCACUGAGGCUUGAAGGAGCAGCUCCUUUGCAAGCUCGAUACGAAACUGCUCAUGGCCCGACAUGUGCGGCGAACCUUUGUUGUCAUGGAGUUGUCGUGGAUGGUGCUGAGCAUUGACACUGGCCUUUUGUCCAUCCACUUGAGAGCCAUCAGAGUCGUCCACCUGCGCUGAAAUGGUAUCUCCCUUUGCCAGUGUUGUCUUCAUCUCAGGUGGCAGCCCGCGAC